ACCGGAAACAUUCUGCCCCCGGAACUUUAGGAUCCGAGUUGAUGCUACCUUCGGAAUUAUUAAAGAGACGGACCGGGCUAGCCGUCGUUGGCCUUCAGAAGCUAACCGAAGCUAACACAACCAAAAAUCUAAUUCUGUUUUUAGUCCGCAUGUUGUCUCGCAAGCAGAAGAAGGUGUGGAAAUACGUGGAGGAGGGCGGCCUGAUGAAGCUGAAGUCGUAUCUGCGGAAGCACCGGGACCUGGAUGUGAACUUCACCCAGGGGAAGAGGGAGAGGAGCCCGCUGCACCUGGCCUGCUGCCUGCGAGACGACGCUAUUCUCCGGCUGCUGCUCAAACACGGAGCCGAUGUUCUCCAGAAGGACCGCAAAGGAGACACGGCGUUACACAUCGCAGUCAACAGGGCUCUUAAACACGGGAAAUCAGCGUAUGACGACCUGGUUGUGCCGAUAAAGAAGAGCUGUCCAGAAGCUUUGGAGGCUCCUAACAGCGCAGGAGUCACACCUCAAGAUCUACUGAACUGGAGCAAACAUAAAAAGACUUCCGAAAACAUGAACCGCCCAUCUGAAAGAGAUCCUGAGAAGGAGUGGAUGGAAAAGCUGUUUGGUGAAUGCGAGGAUGAAUUCAGUGAAACCUUUGGAGUAUAUGAUGCUGAUGAUUUCCUUCCUGUCGAUGAUGACGAGGAGGACUUCGGGGACUGGGCCGACCGUAUUAGAAAAGAAUAUUUUGACAGAAAGCACAUGGAAGCUCAGAGACUGGCAGCGUCAGCUUCUGGAUGGAAAAAGAAGAAGAGCAAACAAGACAGAGAAAAGGAAGCGGAAAGCCAUAAGGAGCUGCACGAGAGGUUGCAGAGGGAACAUGAAGAGUAUCUGGCACGAGCGGCACGCAAAGAGGAAGAGGCUCGGCAAGGCAAGAAGCGCAGGUACGAGGAAAGGUGUGCUGCCACUUUUGGUGGUGGCACUUCGUCUGGCGGCACGAAGCUGAGCUACAGCGAUAUCCCCUGGCCGGCUCCUAAAGGUACCGUACUGGAGAUGCUGGAUGUGAUGCUGCACGGCGUGGACAGGAAGGACGUGCCGGUGUUUCGUAAAAUGCUCCGGAAGCAGCAAACGCUGUGGCAUCCUGAUAAAUUUGCCCAGCGAUGUGAAGCUCGAUUGGAGGAGAAGGACAAGAAACGGAUCUUGGACACAGUUACAGCACUGUCGCAGGAGCUCAACAGUCUGGCCCACAGUCUGAGGACUUAAAAUCUAGCAAAAAUAGUAUCACAUACUACUAUGUGCUUUUCUGGGAAAAACUCUA